AUGCUGAGCCGCUGCGCCCUCCCUGCUCUGAGCCGACAGCAGCCACUGCUCCGGCGGUUGGUACCGAGCCUUUUCCAAACGCGACACUUUGCCCGGCCUGCGUGCCUGUCUGAUCGUCAGACGAGGGAGCUGAAGGUUCGGGGACAAUCCGUUCCCGUAAGCAAAGAGUACUGGGAUUAUGUCGCAGAUGAGCAGUCAGUGAACGAUGCGGAGAUCUACAGGAAUAACACAGAGAACUACGUUGGUACUGUCAAGUACCCCAUUGGUGUCAUCGGCCCCUUGAAGGUAAACGGCGAGUACGCGACGAAGGAGUAUGUGGUGCCCAUGGCGACUCACGAAGGUGCUCUACUUGCCUCCUAUAGCCGAGGGGCCAAGGCGAUUACCGCUGGUGGCGGUGUGACCACUCGGAUAAAGACUCGAUGCAUGUUGCGUGCACCAGUUUUCAUUUUCGAAAACAUCGCAGAGGCAAAUGAGUUCUACCGGUGGGCCCACAAGGAGGAGAAUCAGGCUGGCAUCAAGGAUUCCCUGCACAAGAAUAUCGGACACCUCACCGAGGAGCGAACUCGACUGAGGGUGUUCCAGACCGACCGGAAAGUGCACAUCUCUGUGGGCAUCGACUCCCAGGAUGCUGCUGGACAAAACAAGGUGACCUAUGCGGGGGACUUGAUGAUGAAGUUCUGCAAGGAGCACUAUCCCGGAACAAUCCCUGAGAUGUACAUUGAAGGCGGCUUCAAUGCGGGAAAGCGCGUCUCCGUCAUGCACACACUCCUCGGCAAGGGCCACUCUCUCGUGGCGGAUUGCAUCAUUCCAAAGGAAGUGUGCCAGUCAGUUCUGAGAACUACACCUUACAGGCUGCAGCGCUUCCAAAAGAUGCACAACAGGACGAACGAGUUCAUGGGCGGCAUCAGCUGCACAGCCCACGUGGCCAAUGGCUUGGCAGCAUUCUACAUUGCCACCGGCAAUGACCCUGCGUGCACGGCCGAGUCUCAAGCUGCAGUGACUCACUUCGACCUUGUCAACCCUUCCGGAGGAUCCACCAGCCACCUCGACCAGGACUUGUACGCAAGCAUCACGCUUAAUUCCAUCAUCGUCGCGAGUGUUGGAGGCGGAACUUCGCUGCCAUCCUUCAAGGCCGCGCGAUCCAUGAUGGGCGUGGAAAGUGCCAACGAGCUUGCAGAGAUUUGUGCAGGUGUUGCCCUCUCCGGUGAGCUCAGCUUUUAUGCCUCCAUGGAGACAGGCUCGUUUGCAGACGCGCAUUGGAACAUGACGCACAAGUGGGCGCGGAACCCGUCUGCGCCCUGCACCUUGGAGUGGCGCAGCCGGGCGCCGAAAGCACCAAAUCGUGCUGUGCCUCGAGUCGCGCUUUGCCUGCUGGGUGUGCCUCGGUUCUUUGAUGAUACAGCACAGCUGCUGAGGCGGAAUCUCCUCGACCGUGUCGGGCGGCCUGCCGACCUCUUCACCUUCGUGACCGCCUCGCGGAGACCCGCGGCACCAGACUGCCCGCAGCCACAUCGCCUGGUUGAAACGGUUCCGGGCGAUGGUCGGCUCAGCGAGGAGCUGCGACGCGUGGCGCCCUCCAGCGAGGAGGGUCAGAACUUCGAGCCUGGCCGCUUUGCCGGCGACGGCGCGUCGCUGCUGACGGCAUCAGAAUGGCAAGAGCUGGAGGUGCUUCUCCAAGACGCCGUCGCGGGGCAGGUGGCCUGGGGCGAUCGACCAAUGGAGUUGCUGAGCAAGCACCCGGCGGCGGCCUGGCGCCGGGUGGCGGCGCGGCCGGGGCCGUGGCUCGGCGGUCUGGCUCAGAGGCCUGAUGUCGGCCAUGACGACAUCACAGGUUCUUCACCGACUGCGAGGACUUCGGACGAUUCUAGAAAGGCACGGAGCUCUGGCAUCCGCUUCACGGACGGCAGCUCAGGACACCAGGUGCGGCCAAGCGCCGGACUGUCACAGCUGCGUACCCUCCAGUGGUGCGCGGAUGCUGUCAAGUGGCAUGAACUCAAUUUUCUCAACUUUUCGUACUCGCACGUCCUUUUCGCCCGAUGGGACCUUCACUGGCUAAUUCCUUUUCCUGGCCUCGAGCUGUUGCAGGAGAUCGACUCGGAGGCUAUAUGGCUGCCGAAGGUACAGGGCGAGUUCUUUGCUAAUGAUCGCUUUGCAGUCGUGCCAAGGCCAAGGCUUGCAGCAUACUUUGAAGGUUGGAAGCUUUUGGUCUCUGGUGACGCAGAGGAUGCUUUGAAGAAGCACAUGCCCCGAGUGGGCACUCCUUUUUUCCUGCAAGACCUCCUGGUCUACGAGGGCUUCUUGCACCUGCGCCUGGUCCACGCUGGGGCGCAUACUAUGGCCCUUCCUCCACUCUUCUAUGUGUACUGCCGUCCAUCGUCCGAUUCCAGGACGUUUCGGAGUCUUGGCUUCUUCGACUGCUCGCCUCUUGCAGCCAUGGCAGAUGUGACGGCCAAGGGCGGCGGCGACGAAGCCUCCGAGGCAGUUGAAACAGCACUCGGCGGUGCCAAGUACAGCAACGAGGUCACGUGGGUGAUUAGCACGGACUCCGCCCUCAGAGGCUUUGAGCAAGGAGAGUCCAGGGUCGAAGAAGGUUCCGAGCAACUCAUGCGGCUGCUACGCCCUCGCUUGGAUCGGCUUCGCGGCAAUCCAGAGGACCUAGCAGAUCCGGUCAAUUGGACGAAGGACGAUCUCUUCAGUGCAGUGUUCCUGUCCACGCAGAUGGAGGUCAGCACAGCCUUGCAAAGGGGGCAAUGCCAAGGGCUGAAUGACUGGAGGAGGAUGGGCUACGUUUGCAGCCGCUUCCUCACAGUGAUUCUUGAGCUCGCUCCACGCAGGCCAUGGACAGUCUUUGCCAACAGUGGUGCGAAGGUCAAGGAUUGGAUGAGGAGGCAGACAGUCAUGCAGGGCUUCGAGCCCAAGCCUGAAACGAAGAACCUCUCCGGACUCUUCAUGGGCUACGUUCGCUCCAUUCAGCAAUCAGGGAGCAUGGGCAAGGGCCCAAAGGGCCCGAUGCACACACAGUGGAAGGGCACGCCGGGCGGCGCGAAGGGCCGAGGCAAAGGCAAAGAUGCCAUGCCGGCCAUGCCUGGGCCAAGCAUCGCCCAAAAUGCAGCAGCACAGCUGCAAGAAGAGGCCGUCAAGUUUGCCACUUCUUGGGGCUUGGAUGACGAAUGUAUCGGGGAGCUACUGGCACAACCUCCGCAGGAGCCAGCUGUCCUGCAGCGACUUUGGCUCUAUGUGUCAACAGCAUACCGCCAGCUUGGUAGCAUGCAAUGGAGCCCGCUGCUCUGGGCCUCUGCAGCGCUACAGGCCGUCAGCGGGUGCAGCUUCCGGCGCGUGGAUGUUUCGCUUGAAGGCUUCAGCGAGGAAGUUCGCGCCCAACGGAGGCCUCUGAUCCUUCACUCCAUUCCAGAUGUUUCCUGGCCGCAGCAAAGGAAGAGUCCAGAGACCAUGUUGAGAAGCUUCGGGCACAUGCGCAUGCAGCUGGAGACUGGCAUUGACGAAAGUGCAGCGAAUUUCCGUCUUACGAAGGAGUGGCGCUCGCUAAACCGCUACAUCCACCAGCCAACAGGUGGACAGGAGCUUGCGUUCGAGCACGGCUUCACUGGAAGAUUGAGUCGAUCGGUUUGGAGCUCCAAAUUUCCGAAGCUGCCGAGCUUGCUGAAGGAGGCCCUUGCAUUUCCAAUCCUUACCCUGGGUAUCAACGGCACCGGUACCAGUAUGCAUAAACAUGAAGAGACCUGGCUUCUCUUGCUAAGCGGGCGCAAAGCUUGGUGGAUCAGCGAGAAGCCUGCUGCGAACGUUCCUUCGACGUUUGCACGAAGGAAUCCGUGUCAACACAUGGACUCAAGCACUCCUCCGGGGUAUCAGUUCUGCAUCCAGCAACCCGGAGAGGUGGUGUAUUUCCCGGACGAUGCCUUCCAUGCCACCUGCAAUAUUGACAGCUUCGUGUGGGGCCUGGGGUCUCAGGGCAGCAACGCAGACUGGCCGCCUCUUGUGAUGGCUGCCAGCCUCGGGGAUGCGCAAGCCGUGACGACCAUGCUCAAGAAGAGUGGAGAGGGGCGUCCGACACGCGCGUCCUUUGCAGCGGCCUUGCAGCGUUCGUUGGGUCUUCAGCAGCGGCUGACAGCUCGGAGGCUCAUGAAGUAUGCAGCCAGCUUUGUGGACGAACCCACAGGUCAUGCAGUGGGCUACUGUACCACGUCGCCAAUUCACGCGGCUGCCGAGAGCGGGGAUGUGGCUAAGGUGCGGAAGCUGCUCUCCCUGGGGUUCGCUGCUGAAGAAGCUUAUUCUGAGUCUGUUGGAUUCAUCGCCCUGGAGAUCGCCGCCUUCUUGGGUCACACGGAAGCGGUAGAGCUGCUGGCCCAGCAGAGGGGACCUCUGUUGCAGAACCACACUGCUAUGGUGCUGGGCAAUGCGUUGAGAAAUGCAGCUCAAAACGGUCACCGCGCGGUCCUGCACCUUCUUUCGAAGCUGGGAGCAGAGCUCGUACUUGCGGAUGCCGAGGGUCGUGUGGCCCUCCAUUUUGCGGCAGCAGGAGGACAGCUAAAAGCAUUGAAGACUUUGCGCUGGCUGUACCUGAGCCCCUCUGCACCGAUUGAAGCAAGGGACCACGAUGGGCACACGCCCUUGCACGCUGCUUCCGAGCGUGGGCAUUUACAGCUUGUGCGCUUUCUUCUCGGCACACGUUCAGAGCUCACGGCAAGCCGAAAGAUGGAGAUGCCAGUGCAUCUUGCAGCCCGUCAAGGCCACGCGUCGGUGCUGCAACUGCUGCUACGCAAGAGGGCAGGUGCCUCACAACGAAGCGAAAUGGGAACCCCACUUCAUGCAGCGAUUAUGUCUGGAUGCCGAAAUACGACCGAGCUGCUGCUGAAACACAAGGCACCUGUGCACGAGCGAGACUCCAAAGGCAAUCAGGCGUUGCAUGUUGCAGCAAAGUACGGCGACAUGACAAUGGUGCAAAUGCUGCUGAAAUGGCGUGCCGACGUUUCUGCUCUUGGUGACGGAGGGCCUGCUUGGAAAAUUGCACAUCGACGGGGCUUUGAUAAAGUGGCUGAGCUCCUGCAGACGCCAGAUAUGCUAGAGCUGUAG